AUGACACCUGAAAUUGUACAAGGGAGGGGCCAUGAUAAGGCCGCUGAUUGGUGGAGUGUUGGAAUUUUAACGUAUGAAAUGCUUUCUGGAAAGCCUUCGUUUAGAGGUGGAAACAGACAAAAGAUUCAGGAGAAAAUAGUGAAGGACAAGAUAAAGCAUCUAGGAUUCUUGUCAAGUGAAGCACAUUCGCUUUUGAAAGGGAAUUUCCCUGGUGCUCUAACAUUUUUGCCAGGUAAACCCAUCUGGCCAGACCUCUGCGUUGCCUCCUACAAGCUAUCAUGGCAACCUUCAACAGUAGUUUUGGACCGGCACCUUCUUGCAAAAGAUAUCGUGUACGUGCUCUUCUGCUGCUAUUGUGGAUUCGGGAACAUCCUUGCUUACUGGUCCAACUGUAUGUAUCUCACGUGA